AUGGUGGCCAUGGUGAGGAAGGACCAGGAAGAGGGGCCCGCGGACCACGUGCCGCACCUGCCGUGGAUGCGGUACCCCGUCGACAUCGACACCUUCUCCGGCUGCCCCGUCACACAGCUCCCCCGCCUCGACCCGAGACUGGCAGAGGCUUUGCAGAGAAUGGGAAUUGAAUCGUUUUUCCCGGUUCAAGAAGCAGCUUGGCUGGAAACAAUUGGUCCUGGCGCUUUUGAGAGGGAUAUCUGUAUCAACUCCCCAACUGGAUCUGGCAAAACUCUUGCUUAUGCCCUACCAAUUGUGCAAAUGCUCUGCAAACGGAAAGUAAUGUGCUUACGAGCUUUGGUUGUGCUUCCUACACGGGAUUUAGCCUUGCAGGUUAAAGAGGUUUUUGAUGCUAUUGCUCCUGUGGUGGGCUUGUCAGUAGGUUCAGCAGUUGGUCAAUCAUCAAUAGCAGAUGAAGUUUCUAGACUUGUCCGGAAGCCCAAACAAGAGUUUUACCCAACUAUUGAUGAAGAAUAUGUCCAAAUGGAACCGCAGACUAAAAUUGAUAUAUUGGUGGCAACCCCUGGAAGACUGAUGGAUCACAUUAACAUGACAAAUGGUUUCAGUCUGGAGCAUCUUCAGUACCUGGUCAUUGAUGAGACAGAUAGAAUGUUAAGAGAGGCUUAUCAAUCCUGGUUGCCAACAGUGAUCCAACUUACACACUCAAUUGGCCAAGAUCAUUCCUGGCAUGACAUUGAUGGGAAAACUCUACUUCAUCCAUUGACUACUAUUAGAAGAUCGGGUGUGGAGCGUGGGUUUAAAGGUAAAUGCUAUCCAAGAUUGGCGAAGAUAGUUUUAUCUGCUACACUGACUCAAGAUCCUAGCAAGCUAUCACAACUCAAAUUGCACCAUCCCUUGUUGUUGAAUAGUGGGAAGAAGCGUUAUAGAAUUCCUACAAAACUUGAGUCCUACAAACUGAUCUGUAAAUCAAACUUAAAACCACUCUCUCUCAUCGUUCUUCUCCAAGAACUGCAAGGGAACAAGUGCUUAGUUUUUACCUCAUCUGUGGAAUCAAGUCACAGACUAAGCACUUUACUGUGUUUUUUUGAAAACUUACCCUUUAAAUUCAGUGGAUAUUCACGCUUGCAGCGUGAAUCUACUCGAAGGAAGACACUGGAGGCCUUCAAGGAAGGGAAAAUCGAUGUUCUAAUUGGCACGGAUAGAAUGGCUCGUGGAAUACAUAUUGAUGGUUUAAGAUAUGUUAUCAAUUAUGAUAUGCCACCAUAUGUGAAAACAUACAUACAUCGAGCGGGUCGGACAGCUAGAGCAGGGGAAUCUGGUUCCUGCUUCACCUUCUUAAGAAAGCAUGAGGUUAAAACUUUUGACAAAAUGCUCAAGAAGGCAGACAAUGCUAGCUGCAGUCUUCAUUCAUUGCCUGAGGAAUCAAUAGAAACACUUCGUCCAACUUUCUCCAGUGCUCUGAGGAAACUGGAAGAAUCACUGGAAUCAGAAGCAGCGAAGAAAUCUAAUUUAGGAGAUAAAAUGCCAGGUGCUUCUAAACGGAAGAGAUCAAAUCAGUAA